UUCUCGUGACACCAGUUCAGUGACCAGCUGGACCAAGUGUCCCCAGAGCGGGAGCGGCGGCAGCUCCAGUCUCCCCCGUCUCGGUAAUUCCCUGCCCGCGUAGCUGGCAGCAGGUGCGGAACAGGACGGGACAGGCGCUGGACGUCGCUGUUCUCUGCUUGGGUCAAAGCGGGGGCAAGGUUAUUCUGGGGCGUAGAAAGUUGGCUGGAAGUACUGGAGGUUACAGCACCACGGUGGCUUUCUAGAAGAUGACCAUAGAGGAUCUCCCAGAACCUUCCCAAGAAGGAGAUUCAUUGAUUGAAAGAUACCAGUUUUUAUUCCCAGGCUCUGAAACAUCAGUUACCUUUUCAGUUGCGGCAGCACCAAUGCCUUCAGACUGUGAGUUCUCCUUCUUCGAUCCUAAUGAUGCAGCAUGCCAAGAAAUUCUUUUCAACCCUAAAACAUCAGUUUCUGAAUUGUUCGCCAUCUUACGGCAAUGGGUCCCACAGGUCCAGCAGAACAUUGAUAUAAUUGGAAAUGAGAUCAUUAAGAGAGGCUGCAGUGUGAAUGAUAGAGAUGGACUAACUGAUAUGACUCUCUUACAUUACACCUGCAAGUCAGGGGCUCAUGGUAUUGGUGAUGUUGAGACUGCUGCCAAAUUCGCCUCUCACCUUAUUGAUCUGGGUGCAGAUACCAGUUUGCGUAGUCGCUGGACAAAUAUGAAUGCUUUGCAUUAUGCUGCCUACUUUGAUGUUCCAGAACUUAUUAGAAUUAUUUUGAAAAAUGCAAAGCCCAAAGAUGUGGAUGCCACCUGCAGUGACUUUGAUUUUGGAACAGCUUUGCAUAUUGCUGCGUUUAACUUGUGUACUGCAGCAGUGAAGAGUUUACUGGAACAUGGAGCGAAUCCUGCCUUUAGGAAUGACAAAGGACAGAUUCCAGCAGAUGUGGUUCCUGAUCCAGUAGAUAUGCCAUUGGAGAUGGCAGAUGCUGCAGCAAGUGCAAAAGAAAUCAAACAGAUGCUGUUGGAUGCAGUGCCUCUGUCAUGUGACAUCUCAAAGGCCAUGCUUCCAAACUAUGAUCAUGUCACUGGCAAGGCCAUGCUUCUGUCACUUGGCUUGAAACUGGGAGAUCGUGUUGUUAUCGCAGGACAAAAGGUUGGUACAUUAAGAUUUUGUGGCACAACAGAAUUUGCCAGUGGGCAAUGGGCUGGUGUAGAGCUGGAUGAACCAGAAGGAAAGAAUGACGGAAGUGUUGGAAAAGUCCAGUACUUCAAGUGUGCACCAAGAUGUGGUAUCUUUGCACCUCUUUCUAAAAUAAGUAAGGCUUCAGAUCACAAGAAGAAUUUUGUCAGAAGUCCUUCCACACGAUCUACUUUGGUCAAGUCCAAGAAAAUUGAUGUAACGCACAUAACUUCAAAAGUGAAUACUGGCUUAGCUACAUUAAAAAAAGACAGUAGUUCUGAAUCCACCUUUUUGGCUACUGAAGAAGGAAUGAAAAUUAUGCCUGGUAAAGAAGCUUUCCUUGGAUCCAGCAGUUCUUCCUCUUCCACUGCCUCUUUAGAGAGCAAACAGAAUCAUCCCAAGAAAUGGAACUCAACUAACAGCAAUAAAAAGGCAGUGCCUAAAGUAGCUUCUACCUCAUCUAAAAGCAGUGCUGGACUGAAUAAUGCUUCUCCAUCUACAAGAAAAAACCCUUUUGAUGAAGGAGAAAUUCAGCUCGGAGACAAAGUGCUAGUGGUAGGGCAGAGAACUGGCACUGUUAGAUUCUAUGGGACAACAAAGUUUGCACCAGGCUUUUGGUGUGGCAUUGAACUGAACAAACCUCACGGCAAGAAUGAUGGUUCAGUUGGAGGGGUCCAGUACUUCAGUUGUCUCCCCAGAUAUGGCAUAUUUGCCCCACCAACCAGAGUGCAGAGGUUAACAGGUUCCUUAGACUCCCUCACAGAAGUUUCAACAGGUAAAAUGAAUCAUUCUUUCCCAGGUUUUAGACGAAGUUUAAGUACAACUUCUGCAUCUUCACAGAAGGAGAUAAACAGGAGAAACUCCUUUGUCAAAUCUAGAAGCUCGAUGCUGCGGCGUAGUUGGAGCAGCACCACUACGACUAACACUGAGGGACCUGUGAAACUACAUGAGGGUUCUCAGGUCCUUCUAACCAGCUCGAAUGAGAUGGGCACAAUUAGGUACAUUGGCCCUACUGACUUUGCACCAGGGAUAUGGCUUGGACUUGAACUCAGAAGUGCCAAGGGAAAGAAUGAUGGAUCUGUGAGUGACAAGCGCUACUUCACCUGUAAGACAAACCAUGGAGUCUUGGUUCGACCUAGUAGAGUAACCUAUCGUGGGAUUAAUGGAGCAAAACUUGUGGAUGAUAUUUGUUGAACCAGAAUGCUUACAACCUGUGCAUCAAGUGCUAGUGCAAUGAUAUAUAAGCAUUAAACCACAUACAAUAACCCCA